AUGAUUCUAACAAGACAACCUCGGUUGAUCUGGAUAUUCUUGCUCUUCUUCAACUUGCUUUUUAAUUUCACUUUUGCAAAGAAGAAUAAUAACCAUCAAGAAGAAGAAAACACAAAUAUAAGCAUUGAUACUCCUGAAUUUACAACACCAAAGAACCAGGCUUGGUUAGAAGGUCUUGAUCUGUCCCUCAUUAAAGGUAGUGUUCGUCCAAUUGGCUCUGGCAUAUGCAAGAAUGCAAAAUGUGAUGGCAAUGAUAAUGAAGACUGCUUUGAAUCGUGUGGUAAUAUGGCAUCACCUGACGAUAUCUAUGGUUGUCUUAUGGAUAAGACUUGGGCUUUAACUUUUGAUGAUGGUCCUAGCAAUUUUACUACUGAUUUACUUGAUGCACUUGACAAAACAAAUGUAAAAGUUACCUUUUGUGUUAUGGGGGCUCAUGCUAAGAUGUAUCCAGAUAUCAUUCGACGAGCUUAUCAGUCUGGGCAUCAAAUUGCUUCACACACUUACUCUCAUCCUCACCUGAUGAGCUUGACAAAUGAGGAAAUCGUUUAUGAACUUAGGGCAACAGAAGAAGCUAUUCAGGCAGCUAUCGGUAUUAAACCUCUUUAUAUCAGACCUCCUUAUGGUGAAGCUGAUUCGCGUGUAAAGGCUAUCUUUAAACAAAUGGGUUACAAGACUUUAAUGUGGAAUGUAGAUCCAACUGACUAUGAUGUUCAUGAGUUAAAGGAUGGUCCUCAACGUAUUCAACGUGUAUUUGAUAGUUUAUCUAAUGGUUCUUAUAAUUCUUUGAAUGCUAAUAAUGAUCUUGGUUUUAUUAGUUUACAGCAUGACUUGUAUAAGACUUCAAUUGAUCAAGUCCCGAAAAUUAUUAAAUCCCUACAAAAUAAAGGUUAUCAAUUUAUGACUGCUGCUGAAUGUAUUGGCGACAAAAACCCUCAUAGUGCUCUUGUAACAAAUCCUUCUAAUACGGAUUCUGAUAUUCAUCAUCAACUGGAGGAAAAGCAACAAGCCAGCAAUGAUAAUCGUGUUAAGCAAGCUGCAGUUGAACCUUUCUCCUCAGAAUCUAAAAAAUCUUCUAAUGAAGCAAAUAAUCCUCAACAACAUGAUGCACAAGUCUCAAGUUCUUCUUCCUCUUUGAACGGCGCUUUUCUUGCUAUGGCUUUUGGCCUCUUUGGCAUCUUUAUCUAA